CGGAGGUCUGUCCGUCCGGCAAAACUGUUACAAUCGCCACAAGAUGUCUGCGCCCAUGAAAAAAGCCAUGACGCAGAUAUCGUUACCAGUUAUUUCACCACGGUCGAGCUCUAGAUCACCAUGUACAAAAGACAGUCAGCAGUGUGACGUCUCUCAAGUUUUUGAUCAACGUAUAUGCCCGUCAGAUAUUUCAUACGAUGAUUUUUUCCAAAAAUAUCUUCUGCAAAACAAACCGUGUAUUAUUUCGUCGGAGUUGACACAAGAUUGGCUUAGCAGACGACACUGGAUUGAUGGAGAGACUGGUAAACCAAAUUUGACGUUUCUAAAGGAAAACUUUGGAGAUGCUGUCGCCCCUGUAGCCAACUGUGGACAGGAGAAGUUCAGUAGCCAGUGUAAAGAGGAGAUGAGGAUGAGUGAGUUUCUGGAUUACUGGGGAAAUUACAUGUCCAAAGGUCACCCACGGUCACAGAAAUGUCUUUAUCUCAAAGACUGGCACUUCACAAAGGCAUUUCCAUCUUACCAAGCAUAUUCCACUCCAGUUUACUUCCUGUCUGAUUGGAUGAAUGAAUUCUGGGAUAGCCGUACUGACUCUCACGAUGACUAUCGUUUUGUGUACAUGGGACCGAAGGGAAGCUGGACGCCAUUUCAUGCUGACGUGUUCCGAUCCUUCAGUUGGUCCGCUAACAUCUGUGGAAGAAAACGCUGGAUUUUCCUUGCACCAGGAGAAGAAGAGAAAUAUAGAAACAAGUUUGGAAACCUGGUGUACGACAUAAACUCAGAUGAACUCAAUGACCCAAAACAAUAUCCAUGCUACAGCCAAUCAGCCGCCAGGAUAGAGGUCAUCCAGGAGCCAGGAGAGGUCAUCUUUGUACCUAGUGGCUGGCACCAUCAGGUUCACAAUCUUGAGGAUACAAUCUCUAUCAAUCACAACUGGAUGAACGGCUGUAACAUCAAGAGAUGCUGGAACUUCCUAGAACAGGAGUUGUCUGAUGUACAACGUGAAAUAUCGGACUGUCGUGACAUGGAGGGAUGGCAAGAACAGUGUCAGUUGAUUCUAAAAGCCAGCAGUGGAAUAGAUUACUCUGAAUUUUACCGGUACUUGAUCACUAUAGCCACACACAGAAUGGACUUCCUGCAGCUCGAACAAAACUCUGAUGGUAUACAAAACCUUUAUUUAAAAUCCCCUGAGGAUAAAAGAUGUGAUCAAAGAAUGAAACCAUCAUCUGGAGAAGUGUCCAUGGCUGUCAAAGGGGAGACAAAUGGUGUAUGUCAAGAUCCUGAUAUAAAGGUUUUGGUUGCCACAGGUCAAUAUAGAUCUCAGAGUGAUAGAAAGAUUGACACAUGUCAAAGUGGAAGACAGAUUGACACAUGUCGAAGUGGUAGACAGAUGGACACAUGUCAAAGUGAUAGACAGAUUGACACAUGUCAAAGUGAUAGACAGAUUAACACAUGUCAAAGUGAAAGACAGAUUGACACAUGUCAAAGUGAUAGACAGAUUGACACAUGUCAAAGUGAUAGACAGAUUGACACAUGUCAAAGUGAUAGACAGAUUGACACAUGUCAAAGUGAUAGACAGAUUGACACAUGUCAAAGUGAUAGACAGAUUGACACAUGUCAAAGUGAUAGACAGAUUGACACAUGUCAAAGUGAUAGACAGAUUGACACAUGUCAAAGUGAUAGACAGAUUGACACAUGUCAAAGUGAUAGACAGAUUGACACAUGUCAAAGUGAUAGACAGAUUGACACAUGUCAAAGUGAUAGACAGAUUGACACAUGUCAAAGUGAUAUAAAUAUUGAUACAUGUCAAAGUGAAAGACAUAUCGACACAUGUCAAAGUGAUAUACAUAUUGACACAUUUCAAAGUGAUAUACAUAUUGACACAUGUCAAAGUGAUAUACAUAUUGACACAUGUCAAAGUGAUAGACAGAUUGACACAUGUCAAAGUGAUAGACAGAUUAACACUUGUCAAAUUGAUAUACAUAUUGACACAUGUCAACGUGAAAGACAGAUUGACACAUGUCAAAGUGCUAUACAGAUUGACACAUGUCAAAGUGAUAUACAGAUUGACACAUAUCAAAGUGAUGUACAGUUUGACACAUGUCAAAGUGAUAGACAGAUUGACACAUGUCAAAGUGAUAGUCAAUACUUAAGUGAUAAGAAGUUCUGUGAUAUCAACAGCGUUUUAGUAUCUUCUUGUACCAGGCCCGAACGAGAAACAGAAUCUCAAACUGGUUCAAUAUAUCAUGCAAUCUUUGAUCUGAUCCAAGUCAAACAAAUUCUUGUUUACAUGCUAGAAACUGAGGAAUUCAAGCUGAUUAAUACAAACGCUAAUGUUAACUCUGUGAUAGAUAGGAUUGAUCAUUAUAUCUUAUAAGAUUAUUGCCAUCAUGAUCUAAUUUGGAAAUAUGCUAUUUCUUUGUGUGAUAUGAAAGUAAAUAUUUUUCAUUAUGCUCA